AUGACGAUCCUUAUAACCUCAAUACAGCCAGACAUCACUGACCUGUGGUUUUACAGUCAGUUUGACACAGCCCUGUCUGAGCUGAUUGGCCUGGAGAAUGAGAUCAGCCUGGCGGUGGGGAAGCUGUCUCAGUGGGCUGCCCCUCGCACUGUGGAGAAGAACAUCAUGACCUUAACAGACCAGGUGUACAUCCAGCUUCAACCCCUGGGAGUGGUGCUCAUCAUUGGGGCAUGGAACUACCCCUGGGCCCUCACUCUGCAGCCCCUGAUCGGGGCCAUCGCAGCUGGUAUAUACCCCAGGCCCUAGUUGAAUUACAUUUCUUCCAAUGUUGCCUACUACAAGGGGAGCAGAGGGGUAUACUACAAAGCAGGAUCAAUGAGUUCGCCACCUAACUUUGAUAAACAACCAGAAAUAACCACUUCUUUUCUGGUUCAUUAAUAAAGCUAAACUUAGAGAUGUGUUUUUGGUUGUUGAGUCAACUAGAACAUGUCCAUUUCAAGCUUGUCUUUAAAAAAUAAAAGGUUAUAUACCAAUAUUUAGUCAAGUUAGCUGGCUAACUCAUUGAUCCUGUGCUAUACCCCUCAGGAAGGAAUGGAUGCAUAUUUAGUUUAAACUUUUUAAAAACGUAUUAACUUUCUCUCAGCAACCCUCUCACACGCUGUUCAUUCUUCCUCUACAGGGAAUGCAGCAGUGGUGAAACCCUCUGAGUUGAGUGAGCACUCGGCCAGUCUCCUCAAAGCACUGCUGCCUCAAUAUCUGGACACGGUCUUACAUUUUGCUACCCUUGUAUCAGUCAUUUUAAAAAGCCUAAAUUUGUGGUUUGGGGGUAAACUAUCACUUUAACGUUGGGUUCUUUUCCCUGUCAGGAGUUAUAUCCUGUGGUGACAGGUGGAGUUCCAGAGACCCAGGAGUUGCUGAGGCAGCGUUUCGACCACGUCUUCUACACUGGGAACAGCACAGUGGGGAAAUUGGUGAUGGAGGCCGCGGCCAAACACCUGACCCCUGUCACCCUGGAGCUGGGGGGCAAGAGCCCCUGUUACAUCGACAAGGACUGUGACCUCAUCGUGGCCUGCCGGUAACAGCUAUUUGCUAUUUCGCACCGUUGCUCAGCAAACCGUUUUAUCCAUAGUCACAUGGCUCAUAUAGACAUGUAUUGAUUCGUCAUUUGUUUGUUUUUCUAGCCGAAUCACAUGGGGAAAGUUUUUCAACGUUGGACAGACGUGCAUCGCCCCUGACUACAUCCUGUGUGACCCCAGCAUUCAGAACAAAGUGGUGGAGGGCAUCCGGAAUACACUACAGGUCUGUUCCAGAUCUGUCUUCACCCAGCAUAGUAGUAUAUUACCAUGGACAAUAUAUCAGGGUUCUAUAUCUGUCUAUAACACUGUGGGUAUGGUUUUAGACAGCAUCUAAUCAACAUUUUAGACAGCAUCUUUCCUCGUUUUAGACAGCAUCUAAUCCUCGUUUUAGACAGCAUCUAAUCCUCGUUUUAGACAGCAUCUAUCAUUUUAGACAGCAUCUUCAUUUUAAACAGCAUCUUUGUUUCAGACAGCAUCUAAUCCUCGUUUUAGACAGCAUCUAAUCCUCGUUUUAGACAGCAUCUAAUCCUUGUCUUUUGUUAAUCCCAGGAGUUCUACGGCCCCGGACCCCAAAUCUUCCCUAGGACUACGGUCGCAUCAUCAACCUGCGCCACUUCAGUUGACUGAUGGGUCUGCUGGAGGGGUGCAGUGUGGCACUAGGGGGGGAGAGUGACCCAUCACAGUGUUAAAUUGGUAGGGAGAAUCCUUAUGGGGGAGAUGGUUGGCUGGACUCAAGCCAAGCUUCUUUAUUCAUGCAAUGGGUAUGCAAAUCCAUAUUGAAUCAAUUCUGGGUUGAACUUCUUCUGGCAGUGCUGUGAUGUGCCGAUGUAACUGACUGUACCAUCCCUGUGACCUUCCUGUAUGUCUAUCAAUAACAAUGACCUUCCCACUAUCUGCUCCUCCAGCUCCCACAGUGGUAACGGACGUGUCUCCUCACACCAGACUUAUGCAGGAGGAGAUCUUCGGCCCUCUGUUGCCCAUAGUGACCGUUAGUGACGUGGGUGAUGCAAUUCGCUUCAUCAAUGGGAAAGAGAAGCCCUUAGCGUUGUAUGUUUUUUCCUCUGACAAGAAGGUAAGCUAUUACCGUUGUAACAAUUGGACUCAAUAUUAGGAGAGUGUGGAGGAUCGUGCAGUUUAUAGUAUUGUUCUUUCUCUUUUUGCCAAUGAGGUGAUAAAGCGAAUGAUUGCAGAGACCAGCAGCGGCGGGGUGGUAGUCAAUGAUGUCAUAAUGCACUACGUGCUUAACUCCCUUCCUUUUGGCGGCGUAGGUAAGACCCAUAACAAACAAGUAUUUUAAUAGUUUUGGCCAGCGCAUUAGUGAAUUUUCCUAGUCUAAUAUCCGAUCUUAUAAUGACCUCACUUGCUGCUCUCUGAACUCUGACCCCCUACAGGUCAAAGUGGAAUGGGCAGGUACCACGGGAAACACACCUUCGACCAGCUCAGCCACCACCGGGCAUGCCUGAUCAAGUCCUUGGGCAUGGAAUGCAUUAACAUGGCCAGGUACCCACCCCAGGACAGCUCACGGGCACGCAGGGCCAGACUAGCCAUGAGGAGCUCACUGUGUGACCUAUCCAAGGCCACCUUCGUGUGGGCAGUCUUGGCCACCAUCUUAGCCUGUGGUCUCCUUGUCGCCCUGAUUGUAAUUCUAGUCAUGGGUGCCAGUUAGAACAGCUUCUCACUACUUCAGCUUAUCAAUUGUAAACUUUUUUGCAUCAAAUGCACUUCUUGAAGUUCCUGUAUUGUAAUGUAUCAUCUUAAAUGUAUUAUGUCAAUAAUGAUGUCAUCUCAGUUUGAGAUCGUUUACUAUCUAUAGAUCAACCAUGAUCAUGUCUUUUGACCUGAUGUUCCAUUUUCUGCAGUUAAAAAUGUAAACAAAACAAACCCCUCAGGAGCCAGAGGUGAUAAACAAAUCUUUACUUUCCAUUACUUCAUCAGCAUGGAUACACAAGAAUAUGUUCAGGUAUAUGCACAUGCCAUGGAUACACACAAUAUUUGGAAUUUUGUUUUGAAAAGAAACAAAAAGUUAUUGCUUUGUACCUUUUGCAGCUAAUAAUAAAAUAAAUAACUUCAUCAUCAAUACUAGUCUAUUGAUAUGGCUUUGAUUUGUUCAGAUGAAGUCAUAGGAAAUGUAACGUCCAAAUGUUCCUAGUAACUUCAUAACCUUGUAAACUAACCUCUAACCAUCCAUUAUUUUGCUGUCUGGCUCUAGAGCAUUGACCCAUUUAUUCAUUCAAAGAGCAAAAUGGUGGCUGCCAGAUGAGCAGCCUUGUAGGACAGCCUUUAGGCCAAGAGGUUGUUCAUUUCAAGUGUCUUGUCUGGAGGAGGAAUGAGGUUCUGGAUGGAAUACCUGAGGGUUAGGGCUCUGACCUGGUCAGGCACUGCAGCCCAGGGAGCUUCCAGCGGUUUCCAUUUUGGAUGCGCAGAUCCAACCACUCCUGCUGUGCCACGGCCAGGUAGGACUCCUGCGGGGUGGAGGCCAGCAGUUCAGGGGUCAUAGAGCCCUCUGCCUGGGCCAGGGCCUGUUGACAUGCAGACUGGAGGUCCAUGCUCUCAAAGUUAUUCAGACUGCUUGACGAUUGGUCCACCAUAUUGGCACUACUUGGACCUGAGGGGUAGAAAUCACGAUUGUCAACAGGAGAAACAGGCCAAAUACAAGUGUUGUGGUAUGUCUGACCUGCCUGUGUCUGACCUGCCUGUGUGGCUUACUUUUUAAUCAUGUUUUAUUCCACAAUGGUUACGGGCCUUACCUUAGAGUUAGUUUACUAUAGUGGGAUUCAACUAAACGUCAUGUUAUCAAUGGUCAAGGCACUCCCCCUGGUGGGCACUUACAGCAGCGUCUGAAGGGCUCCCAGCCUCGCGAGGGUAUGUAGGGCUUGGCCAUGGGCUGCUGCAGCAGGCACAGGAUGGCAUUGUCCACCUGGUGGAAGACCCGGAGGGACAGCAGCCUCUGGUGGAUCUCCUCUGACAGGCUGUACUCCUCCGAGCGUAUCAGGUCCCGGAUCAGGUCAAAGUCUUGCUUCAGCUGUAGAGCCCCCUGGAUACUGCAGAGAGAGAGAGAAACAGAAGAGUUGGUGAGUGGGUGUGUCUAUCACUCCCCUUACUAGUGCCAUGUUAGGAGAUAACAGUAAUGAUCAUCAGUAGAAUCACAGAAAUAGAAUCACUAGUAUGGGUCUCCCCAGUCAGAAGUUCUAUGCCCGUUCUAGUAAUUGUAUUUGUAUGGUAUUCAGCACUGUUGUAUUUGCUCAUCUAAAAUACUGUACACAAACCUGAACUUGAUCUUCUGCUUGAGGAUGUGCUCCAUCCAGGCCUCCAUGAAGGCUGUCAUGGCCUCUGUCAGGGCAGGGAUCCGGGCCUCCUCAGGCAGGGGCUGCACCCCCUCCAAUACCUGUCCUAUUACACUCAGCGCUGCAGUAGCAGCGUAAUCACUAGGGCUGCUGGGGAACUCUGCAGAUACAAUAAGAUCUAGGUUAAAAACAAGCAUCAAUUACAUUGGCUCCAUACACAAAGUGCAACAGAAAAAACCUCAAAUAGUGGACGUGUUUCUCAUGUUUAGAAUAUAGGGUAUUUCAGUUCCAUCAGUCUGUCAUUUACCUGUUUUAUAGUUCACUCUCCAGUGCUUUGCUGAGGGCAUGGUCUGCAAAAAGAUCUCCUCAGACAUCCUCUUACAGUCCAUGGAGAAGAUUCUGAGCACCAGUUCAGAGAAUAUCUUCAACAAUGCAGACAUAAUAGAAUGAACUGAGUUUAUUUGAGUAAUAAACUCAAAUCGGUUAUAAGAGAUGACAGGUGGAAAAUUGGUCUAGAAAUUGUCAGGAGAUCAACAAUUAUAUUGUCCCUCACCUGUAGAUCUGUAACUCCCUGAGUAAGCUGUGCAGCCAGCAGCUUGAGGAGAUGAUGAUUUUCAUUCCCACUUAGGGCCUCCACAUGCUGCAGUAGCCUCGCCACUGAUGCUCUCAGCACCUUAAAGCACAGAACACACUUAUGUAGUUGCAUCACUAAAUGUCAACAAAGGAUUUGUCACUGAAGACAAGAAGAAAGAUGGAGACCACCUGAAGCAAGGCCUACAUACAUUCAAUAGGGAAAUAGAAGAGGGUGUGUCCCAAACGACACCCUAUUCCCUAUAUAGUGCACUGCUUUUGAUCAGAGCUCUAGUCCAAAGUAGUGCACUAUAUAGGGAAUAGGGGGCCAUUUGGGAUGCAUAUCAGAGUGAAUCCUCACCUUGAGGUCUCCUAGGGUGACGAGCAGGAACUUGUUGAGGGACCAGGAGGAGAGGAACUGGUAGGCCUUUCUCAUGACCCAGAAGGUAGAGGAUCGGACGGAUGCCACCGCUCUGCUCAGCGAUCCCAGAUGAAGGGACCUCAUAGUCCGAGCAUUACGGUCACCUGAUGAAGGAUAAAAAGCAAGAUUACUACCGUGUGGCCUGGUAUAAUGUUUAAGAGGUAGAGAAAGAAAAUGACCUAGGGAUAUUUGGAGGUGAUUUCCAGAUGAAUAAGCAGUUUCAAUUAUAUGGAUAUGGGGGUUACCUUGGACCAGGUGGGCUGAUAUAGGGGUUACAUUGGACCAGGUGGGCUGAUAUAGGGGUUACCUUGGACCAGGUGGGCUGAUAUAGGGGUUUACCUUGGACCAGUGGGCUGAUAUAGGGGUUUACCUUGGACCAGUGGGCUGAUAUAGGGGUUUACCUUGGACCAAGUGGGCUGAUAUGGGGUUUACCUUGGACCAGGUGGGCUGAUAUAGGGGUUACCUUGGACCAGGUGGGCUGAUAUAGGGGUUACCUUGGACCAGGUGGGCUGAUAUAGGGGUUACCUUGGACCAGGUGGGCUGAAUAUGGGACACUCACCUGUGAGCAUGGGGGGACAGCUGGGGUUUCUCCAGUGGACUGUAGUCACCAUGCAAAUCUAUACGCUCAGCUCCUGGAAGGCACUGAUCCUUCAAACUGGCCACUAGAGAUUGUCACAUCAGCUCAUGCAGGCAGCCCCCACACAGAUCAGGGCACAAUCCACUCGUAAAGAAACCGCAGAUGUAGUCAGUUAUAGACUGGCGUUUGCAGCGUUGGUUGUCAGGUCAUAUACAAAAUUACACUAACUGUAAGUCGUCUUAAACUCUGAAAUGACUAAUGACAUGUAAAUGUAAUAUAGGGGUUACCUUGGACCAGGUGGGCUGAAGUUUGAAGACACUGCAGCACUGUGAGGAGUGGAGGGGACAGCUGCAGGAGUCUCUCCAUGGUACACGUUAUCACCAUGCAGUUCUCACGCUCAGCUCCUGGAAGGCAUUUAUCCUUCAGUCCUGAGCCCAGUGAUGCACACAUCACUGCAAGAGAGAAAGACACACACGCACAAGGAUUAGAGGCAACACCUUAACAGAAACCAAAAACAUUAUGUUGUUAUAUUCCUAUAACUACUUGAUGCAGCUGGUUGUCAAAUCAUGGUACAAAUUACACUGUAUUAAGGAUGUUUUAAACACAGAAACUGACCCUCAUCCCAGUGCCUAAAGGCAGUGUUGGACAGGAGCUGUUUGCUGAAGUCAUCAACCACUCCUCGACACUCCUCAGGGACGAGCUCUGCAAGGCAUUCAAUAUUUAUUUAUUGAAAUAGUGACACAGUCACACAUCAACUGAUUAAAAACAGGCAGCAUUUGUUACCUCCUCUACAGCCAUGGUUGAGCCACAUCACAAGCUGGAAAAUCAUCUGGUCGUUCCACUGGUUAACACUGCCCAGACGGUCUCUCUGUGGUGGCUGGUGGAAGCGCUGGAUGAUGGCUUUGCCAAACUCCCUCCACAGCGUUGUCCUGUAAUGACCAAAGAGCUCCACACAGGCCACAGACUGGACUGACUUGGGUCUCUUCAUCUGCUGCCUGGCCUCAUCUGUGGGUGAGGACUUUCCCUCACAGCACCUGGGAGAGUGUUCUGGGGUGUUGGUCCGCUCCGGCCUGGGUCUGUUGGGGAUAUGUGGAGCCAGCAGGUCUGUGGAGGAUACAAGGGCCUGGAAAAGAAUCUCUAGAGACUUUCUGUCCUGACGGAUGAAGGCUGUAAAGGGGAGAUCAGAGGACCAGGGACAGGGCUUUCCCAUCCUGGGUUCAUCUGAGGUGGGCCCUGGGAGGUUCUCCAGUGUGGGCCCAUCAGGACUGGGCUCUGAGGGGUGUAGAGGGGGAAGCAGCGGGAAAAACAGUUCUAAUUGCUCCCACGUAGGGGCUAGAGCUCCAGUGUGCAGGGCCUGGGAGUGGAGGAAGCUCUGUUGGGAAGCCCAUUGGUACAGCUGCUCUGCCGCGAUCUGCCCCCUGUGCUCCGCCAGUAUCCUCAUCAGUUCAACCACUGGGAACGGUGCAGGAAGGCUACCCCUCCGGGUGGGCUGCCUCCUAGACAGCCCAGGCCAGUCAGACAGCUGCAGGGUCUGAGUUCUCCACCGCGAGCCUCUAUGAUAGACUCUCUGCUCCUCCAAUACCUGAUUAAAGACCUCGGCCCCAGCCAGCAGGUCCUCUAA